GUCCCAGUCGAGUCCUCGAAGUGGAAAUAGGAAGAUAUGAAGACGCAGAGGACGAGUCCGAACAGCGGCAGACAUGCGGUGGCCGCCACACAGCUGCCGAACGAGACCCGGAUGACAGGCGUUCUCUCGCUGCCCAGAAUAGCGGAACCAUGCAGCAUCUUCGACCCAGACUCGACUUGUUCGAUGACAGAAAUGACCGAGGGUGGUCGGCAAUAACGCGGUCACACGACGGUCAAGAAGGGCUAGUUUGACUAGCAUCACUCGGCACGCGUGCUCAAGAAGGACGGAUUUAUGGCACGAAAAUAGGAAGUCGAUCUGAGGCUGGGAACCGGUCUGAGGCGACAGUGACAUCACGCGUUUACAGGAUAACUAACGAGAAAGGAGAAUAAGAGCAUCACAUUGAAAAUGCUGUCGCUAUCGGCGUUUAAUGGUUGUGUACCGAUUUCUUAAAUUCGCUUUAUUUUGUUUUAAAUGAUAAUAUUAAUUAUAAUAUUACAGGCAUCAAAAACACCACCAAUUAAUAAAUUAUUUUUGACUCAAUGAAUAGAAUGUAAAAAUGUCAUGGAAUAGUAGAUAUAGUGCUUUUAUUUGAUUUUUUUUUAAUUAUUUUAUAUUUACAAUUUCAUCACUAGAUCUUCGUGCAUGGCUGUUGUGGCUCCUCCCCCUGCGCCCCUUCAUCUAAAACAAACCCACCCUGCUUGGACAGGACAAACACUCUUCUACAGCACUGGUGCUCUCACAUUUUCCCAGAUGAUUCCCGUCAAUCCGGUCACCUGAAUGUACUGGAAUUAAGAUCCUCAGACAAGAUGAAAGGAUGGAUGAUCCAAACAUUUCUCCUGGUGCUUCUCUGUAUCACACCAUGUUGUCGGGGUGCCCAUGGCAGCUAUGCCCAAAAGCUUCUCAACGACCUGUUUGCCAACUACACCAGCGCUCUCAGACCCGUGGAGGACACCAACAUCAUCCUGAACGUCACCCUGCAGGUCACGCUGUCCCAAAUCAUCGACAUGGAUGAGCGAAAUCAAAUUUUGACCGCUUACUUGUGGAUCCGCCAAGUGUGGGUCGACGCUCAUCUCAAAUGGGAGAAAGAUGAUUACGACGGCCUGGAUACCAUCCGCAUACCUAGUAGUUAUGUAUGGAGACCUGAUAUUGUCCUAUAUAACAACGCAGAUGAUCAUUUCACCGGGCCCAUGGACACCAACGUGGUGAUCCGGCACGACGGCCAGAUCAUGUGGGAUUCGCCGGCCAUCACUAAAAGCUCCUGCAGAGUGGACGUGUCUUUCUUCCCUUUUGAUGCUCAGCAGUGCAGGUUCACCUACGGCUCCUGGACCUACAACGGGAACCAGCUGGACAUCCUGAACGCCCUGGACAGCGCCGACCUGGCUGACCUGGUGGAGAACGUGGAGUGGGAGAUUCUGGGCAUGCCGGCCAAGAAAAACAUCAUUCUGUACGGCUGCUGCGCCGACCCGUACCCUGACGUCACGUACACGCUCAUGCUGAAGAGGAGGGCUUCCUUCUACGUCUUCAACCUGCUGAUCCCAUGUGUGAUGAUCUCGUUCCUGGCGCCGCUGGGCUUCUACUUGCCGGCCGACUCCGGAGAAAAGGUGUCUUUGGGAGUCACCGUCAUGCUGGCUCUCACCGUCUUCCAACUGCUGGUCGCUGAGAUCAUGCCGCCGUCGGAGAAUGUGCCACUGAUCGGGAAGUACUACAUCGCCACGAUGACGAUGAUCACAGCCUCCACCGCCCUCACCAUCUUCAUCAUGAACAUCCACCACUGCGGCCCAGACGCCAAGCCCGUACCAAAGUGGGCCAAGAAGGUGAUUCUCCAGUACCUGGCGAGGAUGUGUUUCGUGUAUGAGGUCGGGGAGAACUGCAUGUCACCGCAGCCGGAGAAGCAGGACCCUCCUCCCGUCAGGAGCGCCAACAUGAACGGGCAGGCGGGUCAAGGACGAGAUGACGCCGUCUUCAGAAUGGAGAGGGGUCAGGAGACAGUGGGCUUCGUGUCUGCAGAAGAUGAUCAGAUGAAGAGUCCGGCUGGCUCCAUGGGAAUAAACCCCACCCAGGAAUACGGUACAUGGAAAAACGGCAUCUUCAUCAGCAUGGACUGCGGGGAGUCUGGGGCUCAGAGGAGAUGCAGGAAAGGGGGCGUGAGCGAUGGGGACAGGAAAGAAGUUCCCUACAGCGCCCCCUGCGGGGAAAGCCACUUGCUGCAGAACAUUGAGUACAUAGCCAACUGCUACAGAGACCAGAGGGCCACGCAGAAGAGAACUGGGGAGUGGAAGAAGGUGGCCAAGGUUCUGGACCGCUUCUUCAUGUGGAUCUUCUUCAUCAUGGUCUUUCUCAUGAGUCUACUCAUCAUGGGGAAAGCUAUUUAGAGUAGCAUU